CUUCGUGACAAAUUUCAGAGCUGUUUGUCUCGGUUUGCUACCAUCCCCGCGAAUCGACAGAGGAUACAGGGGUAAAAGCUUGUGUUGAGUAGCACCCAGUUUCCCGGUGAUUUUGGUAGGGAGGAUCGAAUCAACCGUGAAGAAGCAGGCGCAAUAUUGAUAUAUCCCUCUCUCCCCCACCUUUCUUGACCGCUCUCCACGAUUUGCUGUCAGGAAAACAGAACAGCACCGUCGCACCCAAAAUGGCAGAGAAGUCUGAGCAACAAGAGUUCGAACAUGGCAUUGAUGAGAAACACAUAGGAGUCGCGCCAUCUCCCGACUUGGAAGAUAAAGAUGGCCUUCGCACAGUGGAUGCAGGACUUUCUGCCGACCAGGCCUUGGCUCUGGCCGAAGAACAAGAGACAAGAAGAGUGCUUAGGAAAAUUGACUUGCGCCUGGUCCCGCUACUCAGCUUCUUGUAUCUAAUUGCAUAUGUCGAUCGAAGCAACAUCGGAAAUGCCAAGAUUGCUGGCAUGGCCACCGAUCUCAACUUGAUCAAGAUGCGAUACAACACGGCUUUAACGGUAUUCUUCGUUCCAUACUCUCUUUUUGAGGUCCCUAGCAACAUCGUCCUGAAGAUUCUUCGCCCAUCGAUCUGGAUUUCUAUUCUUUGCUUUGCCUGGGGUUUGGUGAUGACUUUGAUGGGCGUCGUAUCGACAUACCAUGGACUUAUCGUUGCUCGAUUCUUCCUUGGCGUUGCUGAGGCAGGUUUCUUUCCAGCUGCAACGUACCUGCUCACAAUUUGGUACAAACGCUACGAAGUUCAACGACGUAUGGCGAUCUUCUACGCAGCCGCCUCUCUCUCAGGUGCUUUCUCCGGCCUCCUGGCCUACGCCAUCGAGAAGAUGAACGGCAUCGCUGGACUGGCGGGUUGGAAGUGGAUCUUCAUCCUCGAAGGUCUCGUUCCAGUCGUCGUCUCCUUCUUCCUCUACUUCCUGCUACCCGACCGACCCGAGACAGCCAAGUUCCUGACGAAAGAAGAACGGGAAUUCGUCAUAAACCGAAUCGCACUACAAACAGGCUCAGGUCAGGGCCGUGUUACAAAUGCCGAUAAAAUCAGCUGGCAAAGCAUCAAGGUUGGCUUCGCUGACUGGAAGGUCUGGAUGGCCAUCGUUCCGUUCUGGGCCUGUAGUAUUGGCACCUACGGCUUCACGGCGACGGUACCAUCUGUAUUGGAGGAGAUGGGGUACAAAACCGCGGACGCACAGCUGCUGACGAUUCCCAUUUACGUGUUUGCUUUGAUCGCAACAGUCGUCGUGGCGUUUUUAUCUGAUUAUUAUCAGCAGCGUACACCGUUCAUCAUGGCUGGAUUUACAAUUGCCGUGGUGGGCUUCAUUGCUGAACUUGCAAUUCCACAUCCCAAAUACCCGGGUGUCACUUACUUCUUUCUGUUCCUCGUUGCUGCUGGGUUAUAUUGUCCAUUCACAUGUGUCGUCACUCUUGUCGGGAACAACCUCGCCCCAAGCUCUAAGCGGGCAGUUGGAAUGGCACUGAUGAUCUCCGUUGGCAACAUGGGUGGUAUUUGCGGAAGCAAUAUAUACUUCGCGGCUGAAGAGCCCAAGUACCCGGCUGGGUUUGGAACAAGUUUGGGAAUUUGCGCAGCCGGUAUCGUUGCCGCAUGGAUUUUGCGGAAGGCAUACCAGCGAGAGAAUCGGAAGCGAGAUGAGCUGCUGGCAAGAGAUGGUGAGGAUGCUAUUAAAGCAAGAUACACCGAGCAAGAGCUGUUGGAGCUGGGCGACUUGAGCCCGUUUUAUCGCUACACAACCUAAAUUGCAGAUUGAAGGGACGUGCAAGAUGGGAGAUAAUGGCACUGCAGCAAGAUUGGAGGACAUAUAGCCGAGAUUGAUCAGAAUGAAAGUCAAUAUUCUUCUUUGAAUGAGAUUGAAGCAGGUUGGGAAUUCUUUUGUUCUGGAAACCAGCAAUUAGUUCUCUCGGGGUACACUUGUGCUGAGAUCUAGGAUCGUUUGGGCCAGUAAAGCGAGUUGGG